AUGGCUACUCAUCUCAGACAAACCUCCCCUAUCUUUUGUAUCUUUCCCCAAAAGAAGGUUUUCAAUCGAAAAUUCCUGAAGCAUAGUGGGAAGAUGUCAUCAACCACAACACAAACCGAUCAUGAAAUUGGGAAACAGCUCCAAUACCAAGAUCAGUCAGAGCUCCUUGACGCAAUCGACGAGUUGAGUCGAAGAGGUCUUCGAAACUAUGUGUCCCUGCCACAAAUCAUCGUUUGCGGUGAUCAGUCGUCGGGCAAAAGCUCAGUCCUCGAAGCCAUUUCUCAUGCUCGAUUCCCCACCAACGGUACCUUAUGCACAACAUUUGCUACAGAGUUAGUAGUACGCAGAUCUCCAAGCAAUGGAGCUUUAGUUUGUAUCAUCCCAGGGGCGUCGCGUAUCAACAACCAAGAAGCCAUAACCAAACUCCAGAACUUUUCUGGCAGCAGUGUCAAGAACGAGCCCGGGGAUUUAACUUUCUUAAUAGAGGAAGCAACGCAAGCCAUGAAAGAUGCUUCCAAGGCGACGGGAAACCCUUUUUUCGAUGAUACCUUGCGCAUACAGCUUUGCAAACCUGACUGGCCGCCAAUUACAAUUGUCGAUCUGCCAGGGUUAAUUCACGCCGAGAACCAAGACCAGACUCAGGACGACGUGAAACUCGUGCGAGACCUUGUUAAUCGGUAUAUGGAAAAUCCACGAAGCAUCAUCCUCGCCAUUGUGUCUGCUGAGAAUGACGCUGCACUUCAAAUCGUUCUCCGCUUGCGAAAGUCGCCGAUCCUGAUAGAAAAAGAACCAUGGGUAUAA